AUGAGGGGAGCUACAAUUUUGAAAGCUGCAGACGACAAGACGAGACAGCUGAACAAGCACACUCUCAUGGCAUUUUCAGGUGAAGCUGGUGACACAGUUCAAUUCGCCGAAUUCAUACAAGCAAACACCCAGUUAUACUCUAUGCGCAACCAAACUGAGCUUGGCCCCUCUGCUGUUGCUCACUUCGUCCGUGGAGAGCUAGCUAGAAGUCUACGGUCUAGAAGUCCAUACACAGUCAACCUUCUUCUCGGCGGCGUGGACCCCAUCACAGAGAAGCCUAGUCUGUACUGGCUCGACUAUCUAGCGUCAUUGGCACAGGUUCCAUAUGCCGCCCACGGUUAUGCUCAGUACUACUGUCUAUCUAUCCUAGAUAAACAUCACCAUCCCGAUAUUUCAUUCGAACAAGGCUUGAAACUGCUUGAGAUGUGCUCAGACGAGCUCAAACGCCGGUUACCCAUUGACUUCAAAGGAGUAUGCCCACACCUCUCUCACAAGUUGCAAAUAAAUACUGAUUUCAUCCUUGCUAGGUUUUGGUAA